AUGAGGUCAGCUUUGUCAAUUGUGCAAAGGCAUUCGUUCAAUCGCUUUUUACGACCAGCACCGUUCAAAACACAACGGCUUUUACAACCACAACCGCCACUAUUCUGCUGCCCCGCAACUCAUUAUCGCCCCCCCAUCUCAUUACAAUCAUUCUUCACCUCGCUCACUGCACGCGAUAGUACACCGCCUAUUGAACAAUUACCAAAACACUCACCUAAAAAAUCCCGCGAAAAGAGACCAACAGUAGCAACCCCACAACCCCACGAUAUGACUACCUACACCGGUCAACCGCUCGACCGAGCUAACCUCGACACUUUACUCCGUCGACGAAUGUUUUACGCCCAAGCAUUCGAUAUCUACGGUGGUGUCUCCGGUCUCUUUGAUUAUGGUCCACCAGGGUGUGCGCUACAAGCCAAUAUCGUAGAUACAUGGCGAAAACACUUUAUUCUAGAAGAAGACAUGUUGGAGGUGGAUUGUACUAUGUUAACACCUCAUGAUGUUCUAAAGACCUCUGGUCAUGUUGACAAGUUUUCGGAUUGGAUGUGUAAGGAUCCUAAGACUGGCGAGAUCUUCAGGGCGGAUCAUUUGGUUGAGGAAGUUUUGGAGGCAAGGUUGAAGGGUGAUAAACAAGCUAGACAUCUUGAGUCUGGCGCUGCUGUUGAGGAAACUGCUAAGGAUAUUGAGGGCUCCGAGGAUAAGAAGAAGAGGAAGAAGAAGGUUAAGGAUAUCAAGGUCGUUAAGCUGGAAGAUGCUGUCGUUCAGGAGUACGAGGAGACCCUGGCAAAGAUUGAUAACUAUGAUGGAAAUGAUCUUGGUGAAAUUAUCAUCAAGCACCAUAUCAAGAACCCAGGCACUGGCGGCGACCUCGAGCCACCAGUCGCUUUCAACCUCAUGUUCGGCACCUCAAUUGGUCCCAGCAGCAACUUACCAGGGUACCUUCGUCCUGAAACUGCCCAAGGUCAAUUCCUAAAUUUCCAAAAGCUCCUCGGCUUCAACAACGAGAAAAUGCCAUUCGCAUCUGCCUCAAUUGGAAAGUCCUUCAGAAACGAAAUCUCCCCACGUCAAGGUCUCCUCCGUGUCCGUGAGUUCCUGAUGGCCGAAAUCGAACAUUUCGUCGACCCCGAAAACAAAUCCCACCCUCGAUUCCCAGAGGUCGCCGAUACCGUUACCUUGAACUUCCUGCCUAAGGAGGUUCAGCAAGCCGGUAAGACGACAACCGUCAGAAAAACAAUCGGCGAGGCUGUCCGUGAGGGUAUGGUCGACAAUGAGACAUUGGGUUACUUCCUAGCUAGGAUCAACCUAUUCUUGAAGAAAAUCGGUGUGGACGAGAAUAAGGUCCGAUUUAGACAGCACAUGGAAAAUGAAAUGGCACAUUACGCUAGCGACUGUUGGGACGCUGAAUUACAGACAAGCUAUGGUUGGAUCGAGUGUGUCGGUUGCGCCGACAGAAGCGCCUACGACUUAUCGGUCCAUCAAAAGAAGACCGGCCAAUUUUUGGGUGUUCGAGAAACUCUCAAGGAGCCCCGAGUUAUCGAGGAAUAUGAAGUCGACAUUAACAAGAAGGUUCUCGGCCCUAAAUUCAAGAAGGACGCAAAGGCUGUCGAAGAGCGUUUGGCAGAAUGCUCUAACCAGAAAGAACGUGAGGCCUGGUCUGAGACAUUGAAGAAUGGUCAGAGCAUUUCCGUCCUUAUCGAAGGUCUCGGUAAGCUAGAAAUUGGCAGCGAUCUUGUGACCGUCGAGAAGAGAAAGAGAACCGAGUCUGUUCGUGAAUAUACUCCCAACGUCAUCGAACCAUCCUUCGGUAUCGGCCGUAUCCUCUAUUCCCUCAUGGAACACGUCUUCUGGACCCGUCCGGAAGACGCCGACCGCGCUGUUCUCUCCUUCCCCCCCACAAUCGCGCCAACAAAGGUUCUUCUGGUCCCACUAUCGAACAACGUAGCCUUCAACCCUCUCGUCAACAGCAUAUCCUCUAAGAUCCGAAAGUUGGGUAUCAGCAGUCGUGUCGAUAGCUCCGGUGCUACCAUCGGUAAGCGAUACAGCCGAAACGACGAGUUGGGUACACCAUUUGGUAUCACCAUUGAUUUCCAGAGCGUGAAGGAUGAUACUAUUACUUUGAGAGAGAGAGAUACUACCAAACAGGUCCGUGGUUCGGUUGAUGAGGUUUUGGCGCACCUAAAGGCUUUGGUUGAGGGUCAUGAGACUUGGGAGGAGACCUUGACAAAACUUCCAAUCUUUACCGGCCAAGAUGUUGAAGAGUAG